AUGAGAGAGCUCGAGCCAGCAGAGCAUAGAUGGAGGCGAGAAACCAAGAAGGGUCCCAUGCCUCCGCUACCAUCAUAUCACACGCCCAUCCCGACGGUUCUGUCGCGAGGAAACGAGCAGGGGCAAGUUCCUGAUUAUAAGGAUAUCAACACUCUGCGCAUGCUCACUGAUCUCGUGCGGCCUGUCGCACAGGCCGCUUGUCCUCCCCAUCGAAGCGUGCUGCAUCACAAGUACGAGGAGCUGACGUCACUCGUGCAACCGCGGGGGCUGCUGGAAGAUUGCAACGAAGCACAAUGGAUGCGGGAGACCGUGGCGUGUGCGGAGCAGGGAGGGUUCCGACGGAAAGUGGCAGGAGCGCUGAGCAUCGUUCAGCUGAGAGGGACUGGCGACUUUUGGGAUUUCCUGUGGCAGCAGCUGAAUCGUCGGAUAGCAGAGAAAUGCAUGAUCUUUGUACGCGCAGUCCACGAACCUGGCGUGUCUCAACAGCACAAGACAAGGCUCCUGGAGCAGCUGGCGGAGCUCUUGAAGCUCAACUCGGCGCUGGCGGUGGGGUUUGUGACCAACGGAUACGACUCGAUCAAGGAAAAGUUUGUGAGAACUCCUGACAUCCCUCCGGCCGAGCGGUUGCUCCAGGGCCUCGGCGCCCCUCUCAACUCCACGCCUGUGCCGCUGCGACCCCGCGUGAGAGGGCUGCGUCUGGACUUCCUUUGA